UGCACCACUUCCGUCCAUCCAUCCAUCCAUCGAUCUAUCCGUCGGUCCAUCGAUCACCACACCCGUCCAUCUACCCACCGCUGCACUCAAACUAACGACCCCAGCCAGCCAGCCCGCCUCUCUGUGAUCUUCGUCUUUCUUCCUUUCUCGUGGUGCGGACCACCAGACAGCCAGCCAGACAGCCGCACAGACGCAACCGAUCUUCUCUACUCUGCAAGUAGGUCAAAUGCAAGGCACGCACCAGGCAGCCACGCAGUCAGUUUGGACACACAGACACACUCUUCCUAAGAGUGUCCACCGAGAGGAAGUGUCUCAAGCCCACCACAGGCACAGAGACACCCGCGAAAGUGCGCGAUGGGCCAGCAGCAGACAAUGGCAGCCAGCCAGCCAGCCAGCCAGGUGAAAGACAUAAACACUGAUAGACUAGAUGAGUGUGUGUGUUUUUGUGUAUGUACGCCCGGUGCCGAACUCAGACCCCAUCGCCUCUCGUCACACGCGGGCUCUCUGGACCUCUGCGACGUACCAGAGACAUUCCCGCUCGCAAGUGUGCGCUUCGAGAGGAAAGGCCCCAAGCCCACCACAGAGGGAGAGAGACACCCGCAAAAAUGCGCGAGGGGCCAGCGGCAGACAAAUCCAAUUGUGGUAUGUCGUAUGUGAUGGUGGGAAAAAAACUACGAGCGGAGUGAUAGCGAGCGAGAAGGGGGGACGGGUGAACGGACAUGGACACACUACUGACAGACAGACAGACAGACAGACACGAUUAGAAAAUAUAUCGCGCGGGUGCACCGUUGUGCGCAUCUCUCUCUUCAUUCCUCCCAGCGACCGACACACAGACAGACAGGGAGGUGAUGAUGAUGGCAUGGUGGUACGAGAAAUGUGUGACGUGUGUCUGUGUGCAGGCAGGCAGGUAGGCAGGCAGGCAGGUAGGUAGGCAGGCAGGCAGCGUAGCAGCAGCCUAUCCACCCAUGCACUCCUCCUCCAUCCAUUCCACCCACCCAGCCGUGACGCAAAAGACCUGACUACCACGUUUGCCUCUUCACCACUGAGUGCACACGCAUUCGUGUUAGUUAGUUAUGUGCCGUGGAAGUGGUUGCUUGAUUGACUGACUGGUGGUGGGGAAACAAGGAAGCGCUUGUGUGUGUGUGUGUGUGUGUGUGCGAUGAAUGUGUGGGCAAAAGGCGUGUUGGGACACAGACAGAACACACAGCACAAUCAGCCAGACGUGUCCACAGUGACACCCCCAGACAGGCAGACAGACAGACAGUCGGGCAGUCGGUCGGUUGGCACCACAUGCCGUCACCACGGGGAAUGGUGGACAGGGGUGGCGGGCAGGCAGGAAGGCCGACUCUCUCCCUUGACCAUCUAUCCAUCCGUCUGUUCAGCACAAGACACCGUAGGCAGCCAGGCAGGCAGGCAGGCAGACAGUCAGCAGAUACAGGCCUCUCUCUCGUCGUAACCCUCACUCACCGUCCAGCCGUCCGUGAACUCAUCGAGAGUGCUUCUGUCGGUGUGCGAUGGCGCUCGCCUAUUAUCAUGCAAAGAGAAGAGGCACGCAAAUUGAAGAGGCCGGCUGGCGUCUCUAUCACGUGGGCUGUGUUGUUGGCAAACUGACCUUUGCCCGGGCGAACCCAAGUGCCUUGAUCGAGAAAAGCUUGUACCUGCGCCGGCCGCUCUCGUACCAGGUGGCCAUCCAGCCAUGAUCUUUCUCCUUGUAGGUGACUCCACGAACGUUGCUCUGAUACUGCGAGCACACACACACAGAUGGCUGCGAGGCAGUCUAACAAAAUACAAGAUGAAAUACCUUCACCUUCUUGGCCUGCGUGCAUGUGUGUGUAGGGGUCCAGUCUCCUAACACACACACACACACACACACACACACACGUGUGUGUGUGCAUGUCUGUCAUUGCUGCAUGAGUAGGCACAUACCGUCCUCGUCCUCGUCAUCGCUGUUUUUGUGUGUGCGCUUGGCCGCCUGCACUCAUUCGACACACAGGGAGGGAGUGAAGGAGUGGGCUGUCACAUGUGCAUCGCUGGUCUGUGAGAUGUGGCUGACCUUAGGUUUCGGUUCGUAGUUCUCGUCGUCAUCCUGCCACUAUACACACACAUCAACACACAAGAUACAUGCAAGAGCGCAUGUCGCAUCCCAUCCCAUCUGUCUGUCUGUCUGUCUCUGUCUCUCUCUGGCUGACUGACCUCCUCCGUCUCCCCAUCUGCGUCUUCAUCCUCGUCUUCGUCGUCGUCUUCAUCCUCGUCGUCCUCGUCGUUUUCGUCGUCCUCGUCGGGGUACUGACAACACACACACAUCACACCCCCCAGGAAAGAGGGAGACAGCGAGGCACACAUGCACUGUGUGCCUUCUCUGUGUGUGGUAAAUGGUGUGAAUGGUGUGAAUGUGUGUGUACCAGGUCAUCUUGGACGAGCGAUUUGGCCUUGGUCUUUCCCUUGGCAGCCGCCGCCGCCGCCGCCGCUCCGAGCUCCUCAUCUGACAUACGUGUGCACAUGUGUGCUCAUUUAUCAGCUCUCCGAGCUGGCACGUACCUGUGGCGGUCCACCUGAUGCACCUCGCCUGCUGGCCGGCCCCUGUCACUGUAGUUAUCUCAUAGCGACCUCCACUGUCGCAGUCGCUCUCACGCACGGCGUCCAAGAGCUUCUUCAGCUCAGCAGCUUCGUCCGGCUUGAAGUUCUGAUGGUUUUGGUGGUGUGGGGGGGCCAGGACCUGUCGUUGGUGAGGGGAGCAGCGGGGCCGAGUCUGAUCUGCGGGUGGCGGCUGAACACACUGACACACACGCCCACAGAGAGAGAGAAAGAGAGAGAGCGACGAGUGCGUGAGAGGGUGUGUGUGUGUGUGUGCGUCUGCGUCUGCGUGUGUGUGUACUGACCUCCUGUGGUUUGCCCCUGAUGUCAUUGCCCAGGGAGGACAUCUCGAGGUCGGCCACCUUGGCUCCGCGGCCGGCGGGUGUGACAGUGUUGUUCUCCUGUCGGGCCCCGGGAGGGCCGGUGAUUUUCUUGUUUGUGAGUUGCUUGGUCUCGUCCAGGUGGAAAAUCUUAUACUUGGGCGUGGCAUUGGGAUCUGAGGCAUAGCAAGAGAAACACAGGCCGGCAUAUGACAGCUUUUUGCAAUGAGUCGCUCAGUGGAUACUAUACCAUCAGAGGCGCUGCUGCUGCAGCUGAGUGAAUGUGAUCCAUUGGUGUCCAGGCCUGCAAAAGACAGCGAGUACAGUGGCAAAAAGAGGCAGCGCCCGAUCGAUCUUUCUGCUACGCAUCUGUACCAAUGACUGCAAUUUUGGAGCGAGGGUCGUGGGUGAGGUCAGCCAGCAAUCCGAGAGGCAACUGGCCCGCAUUCGUGACAAUCACGAACCUGCAGGGGCGAGACACACAUCGAUGCGAUGAGGGUGAACCCUUUCCCGUCUCCCUCUCUCCUCGCCCUUCCUGCACUUGCCAGAUGCCCUCCUUCUUUUCGAACUUUUCCAGCAUCAGAUCUAGCAACGCCCCCGUGUGCAGCUCUCCGCCGACGGUAGCGUGAUGAAACAUAAGCUGCACCUCAUUACUGCCCCCCCAAAUGGCCUCGCAGAUGUCCCGCAGCACAUUGGCCGCACCACACACACCGUCGACAGGCCGUACUCGUGGCUGGAAGGGCUGCGUGGCUCUGUCGAACGUGGCGAUGUGUGUGUUGAUGGUCUUCUCGACGAGACGCUCCACUGCGAUGGCGUCUUGGGGGGUGGAACGGACGACAACAAGGUCUCCACAGUUCACACGGGAGCACCUGCGACGCACACAGGCAAAGGCAGGCCUCAUUUUGGGGGCGACUGAGAGAAUGCACAUGCCACGCAACCACCACUGAAGAGAGCGUCCACAGUGUCAUGCAUCGUGGAACGCGUGACACCCAUGAGACGGUAGGCACCCCCGAGGCACAAUAGAGCCGCUCAAUGCGCAUGAGGUUGCGGGAGUGUGCGGAGGAAGAAGUGGUGCAUUUCCCGUGGGGCUCACCGUUCUAUGAUGGCUCGAAGGUCUUCCAUGACGUCUGUCGGGUGGGGAAGACUCCGAACUUCUCCCCCCUUCCCGCACUUCUUAGCUCGCACGAUCGGCAGCCUCCCCAUCUGAAGGAUAUGAUGUCGCUGGAUCUUCAU